AUGGCCGGGAAAUGCCUUCUGGUCACCGGCCCUCCUGGUGUCGGAAAAACAACAGUGAUCAUAAGAGUGUUAGAUAUGAUGAGGGUUUCCAACCCUAGAUUAAAGAUGCAGGGAUUCUACACUCAAGAGAUGAGGGAACGAGGCGAAAGGGUUGGUUUUCAAGUGGUCGCCUUGGACGGCCGUACAAGUUUGCUCGCUUCUUCCACUGUUUCUAGCCCCGAAUCGAUGAGAUGGCCUAGUGUUGGCAAGUACAAAGUGGACAUUGCAUCGUUCGAGUCUAUAGCAUUGCCUGAGCUCCAGGUCAAAGACGACACCCAUCUUUUCAUCAUUGAUGAGGUUGGCAAGAUGGAGCUGUUUAGCCCAUCCUUCUUUCCGGCUCUUCUCAAAGUUUUGGAAUCCAACAUUCCUCUUCUUGCUUCCAUUCCCAGCCCUACAUUUGGUCCACAUCUUCCUGCAGUUGCGAUGUUAAAGAACCAACCGGGAGUGACCGUAAUCACACUGAGUGCGAGUAAUAGAGAUUUGAUGAAACAACACAUCUUUGACGUUUUCUCUGGAUGGCUGCCCAAGCACUAG